CACCUUUUGCUUAUUUUUCUUUGAGAGCCAAUGGAGUGGAAAAUCAAUGUUAUGGCAAGGUUGGGCACAAACCUCUGGAAGUAUUGGAUCAUACCAAGAAAUGGAGUUCAGUACAGUGUCAGCAUGUCUAACUUGCCAAGUAUUUCUAACACUUCGUUUCUUUUUGUUUAAUGGAUUACAGGUAUAACUGUGCAAACUAUUAAGCCCUCUUUAAAAAUCAAUAACUAUCUGUGUAAUAAAUAAGAGAAAAUCUGCAAAUGCUGGAAAUCAUCACACAAAAUGCUGGAGGAACUCAGCAGGCCAGGCAGAAUCUAAAGAAAAGAGUAAACAGUCGAUGUUUCAGGCCGAGACCUUUCAUCAAGACUGGAAAAAAGAGAUGAGAAGUAGGGAGGAUGGAAGGAAGAGACAGCUACAAAACUAAGGAAAACCAAGGAACCCAUUCAAAGGAAAACAUCAGACCCCCCCUCCCCCGUGCAAACGGCAAAAUAUAAACCAGCGAAAAUCACAGAGUAUAAAACUCCAACCCACAAGAGUCAUGGAAACAGUCCAGGCAUAUUCCGUUCCAGCUCAGUUCUAGUUCAAUCUAAUACUGUGUCGUUCAUUAUGUGCGGCUGCCUCAAUCAAAAAAAAGUAAAUAAAUAAUACCAAGACCAUGAGUUGCAAGAGUUGUUGAGAGAAUUUGUGACUGCCUGAAUUCUGGCAUCAGGCAGAGGAAUAUCAGGAACUUCUCAGGGCAUCUAAUUUUGUCAGCGUAUAAGUAAGUGCUUGUUUGCUAUUGCUUAAGGGGUCAAGAUUCUUGACAUUACAAUGAAGUUAACCAGGCUGGUUUACUUGCUGAAGUUUAGUCAUUAACUUGUCCUUUUUAAAUAAAUAUUUUUAUUUUUACGACUUUUUCAUGCUCAUGAAUUUUAAAAUAGUAACUGAAGAUAAUGAUGGCAAUUAUGCAGCUUAGCUAGAGGCACAUUCAAUCAGUUUGAGAUAAUCAACUGGAUGCUUUCCUCAUUGGUAUUGCAGUGUGGGCUGAGUCGCAAGGAAUUAUAUUCAGCUUUGAGGUGAUGUUUAUCAUUGUUGUGACUGUCAGUGUGUUGCCUUUAUGGCAUUUGUUUAGUUUAUAAUAUUUUCGCUUUAGUAAUUCGUUUGUUAGCAUUUUCUAGUUAAAGUUAAGAUUGUUUAAAGUAAAUUCGUUUUCUGCGUAGGUAGAUUCUGACUGUAUGUUGCACUUUAAUGUGAUGUAGUUGUUGUAGUUUUACUUUUGCAAGUAUUUACGAUGUAAAUGUGAUAUCAAGAAGGAAACAAAUACUGUAUACAUUUUGUAUUGUUUUAUCAACAGUUUUCACCAUACGUUAAUGUGGAAGAGUGAACAGUAAACGGUUAAUCUUACUGCAAUCCUGUUUUCAUUGACUACAGUUUACCUCGGUGUUUAGUUCAGAGUUCUCUUAGACCUGAGCGAGAACAUUACAGUGAAAAGGCGGCAUUAUCAGGUGUUUCAAUUGCUGCAAUGACAACUCGAUCCAGCAUCAAGUCGUUGCCAUCCAGCGACAGGGGCAGUAGGGCCCAUGCAAGAGCUAAGGCAGAAGCCGCCAACGUGUGAGCGUUCUACACCGAACAAGAAGCAAAACUGAAAAUGGAAGCGGCUGCCAGAGAAGCCAAAAACCAGAAGGAAGCGGCUGCCAGAGAAGCUGAAAACCAGUUGGAAAGGGUAAGGAUAGCAUCAGAGUUAGAAGUGCUGACGCUACACUGAGAAGCAGAAGCUGCCAGGGUGGAAGCAGAGUUAAUAGAAAAUGCUGAAGAAAUGCAUGAUCUGGUUGAUGUAAAAUCUACUUCAGAAAAGAUCAGAUUGGAACGCACAAGUGACUAUGUCCAAUCUCAAAUAGACCUGAAGAUUCGUUCUUCCUCUCCAUACUUAUACGCUAAUGCCCCAUUUCAUGAGGAGCCUCAGAGAGGCCCAAUUGCAUCACAUCCAUCCGAGGAAGACAAUUUACCCUUGCAACUCCGUGAUGAAUUCAAGAAUGAAAGGGCUGAUGACAAAUACUCCUCGACACCAAACUUAACAGAUUUGGUGAGAAGAGAGGCAAAGGCCGAAUUCAGAACGGCAAAUUCCAUAACAGAUGUACGCCCUCAGUCAUAUACCCGCCGACAUAUUCCCCCAGGCCGCAUGCCACUUGCAGUUGAACCCAUGGCACAGUAUUUAGCACGACGAGAUCGCGUCACUUCAGGACUAUACCAGUUCGACAAUAAACCUGAAAAUUACCGCACAUGGUACUCCACAUUCACCAAUGCUAUCCACGGAGUCCAGCUCAGAGCAACCCAAGAGUUGGAUCUUAUGGCAAAAUGGCUGGGAAAAGAAUCAUGCGAACAAAUGAGACGCAUACGUUCAGGGUACAUCAACAAUCCCAAGCUAGCCUUACGCAAAGCAUGGGAGAGACUUCGGGAGGGCUAUGCGGCCCCCGAAAUUAUUGAAGCGGCAGUAUACCGAUGUCUGGAAAAUUUUCCUAAGGUGUCAGCCAAGGACCACACUAAGUUAAGAGAGCUCGGAGAUUUACGGCGCCAAAGAGGAUGGCUACUCAACUGGUCUAUUAUACCUAGAUACUCCAUACGGGAUUAGACAAAUCGAGGACAAACUUCCAUUUGGGCUGCAGGAAAGAUGGGUGUCCAUUGGCUCAGAGUACAAGGAAGAGAACAAUGGUCGAUUUCCUCCCUUCGAGUAUUUCACUAGGUUUGUGUGCAAGGAGGCGAAGAAACAAAACGACCCUAGCCUCAUGGGUCCAGGAAGUAGUACAAUUUACACCAAGCCAGAUAAAUCCACUUCGAAUAAUUUCAACAUUAAUAAACCUGUCUCAGUGCUUAAGACUGAAGCCUUUACAACUAACAAUGACCCUAGCAAGAAUUGUCCAUUGCAUAACAAACCCCACCCCCUCAAAAAAAUGCAGAACGUUUAGGGAAAAACCCCUUGAAGAGAGGAUGGCCCUGCUCAAGGAGAAAAAAAAAUGUUUUAAAUGCUGUUCCUCUACCUCUCACCUUGCUAGAGAGUGUACGAUCACCGUGAAGUGCCCGGAAUGUAAUAGCACUAAUCACGAUCGGGCCAUGCAUCCCAUGUUACCGCAAACUGACAAAGCUCCUUCACCCCCACAACAAGACGGCGGGGAGGGAGAGGCUCACUCUAGGACAACGGUUGUCAGCUCGAGCUGUACAGAAGUUUGCGGUCAAGCUCAGUCAAGCCGUUCUUGUUCAAAGAUCUGCCUCACUAAGGUGUACCCUAAGGGAGCCAAAGACAAGGCCAUCAAAGCCUAUGUAAUUCUGGACGAUCAGAGCAAUCGCUCACUAGUCAGUCCAGAGUUCUUUGACUUGUUCAACAUUGAGAGUAAUCAGUUCCCAUACUACCUUAGAACUUGUUCAGGCAGCGUGGAAACUUAUGGAAGGAAGGCAGAAGGCUUCCAGCUCGAGUCCCUGGAUGGUAAAGUCGUAAUCUAUCUCCCUCCACUCUUAGAGUGCAAUGAAAUUAUGAAGAACCGCACUGAGAUUCCGACGCCAAGUGCGGUGCUACACGAGCCACAUCUCCACCACAUCACCAAACGCAUCCCAGAACUGGAUCCAAAAGCAGAAAUACUCUUGCUAUUAGGAAGAGAUGUUUUCCGGGUGCACAAGGUUAGGCAGCAGGUCAAUGGACCACACGACGCCCCCUUUGCGCAACGCCUGGAUCUGGGCUGGGUGGUGAUAGGAGAGGUGUGCCUUGGCAAUGUACACAAACCGACGGUUAGCACACUCAAGACCAAUGUGCUAGAGAGUGGCCGCCAUUUAAUUUUUCAACCCCGCACAAGUUUCAUGUGUAUCAAGGAGAACACAAAAGGCAAAAACAAGAAAAAGAAGAAGAAAGGCAAAAGUGCAAAAUGCAAUAGUGAAAUUUCUGGUGAGUGUACCAUAGAUCUAAGCACACAAGAGAACUUGGGUAAUGCUUUUCAUACUGAGUUCCAUCAUGAGAAAACCAAAGAGAGUUGCAACUCAUUAGAGAAAGGUGGUCAACAGCCAGUAAUGGUAACACAAAUUCUGUCAGAAAAUCAUUUUUCACAGUCUUCACAAAUUCCGACGCCCUGUCUGCCAGACUGUGGAAGCAGAACAAAAACCCUGAAAAGGAAACCUGAGAUGCAGCAACGCACCCGAUUGACCCACGAGGUACUGUGCACACUAAUGGCAGAGGUCACAGCCAUUAUAAAUGCACGACCACUCCUACCUGUGUCUUCUGACCCGAAAAACCCCUUCAUACUCUCGCCAUCAAUGCUCCUUACACAGAAGGCAGGAGCCCCCCCUCUCCACCAAGGGACUUCUCUGAUAAGGAUUUGUACUCAAAGCAAUGGAGGCAGGUCCAGGCUCUGGCAAAUCGGUUCUGGUCUCGUUGGAGACAGGAAUAUCUACCUUUGUUGCAACACAGACAAAAGUGGACAGAACCCUGCAGGAAUCUUCAAGUUGGCGAUUUAGUCCUGCUCAGGGACAAGCAAAUCGCCCGCAACAGCUGGCCAAUGGCCAGAAUCACUGCUACAUUCCCUAGUAGGGAUGGACAUGUCAGGAAGGUUGAGUUGAAAACUACCGACCAAGGCGAUGUGAAAAUUUACCAAAGGCCAGUUACAGAAGUCAUUCUACUUCUACCUAAGGACUGAUUUGGAGACUGAAGUUUUGUAUUAUGUUCAUUGUGACCUUACGAAGGUCAAGCAGGGAGUGUGUUGCCUUUAUGGCAUUUGUUUAGUUUAUAAUAUUUUUGCUUUAGUAAUUAGUUUGUUAGCAUUUUCUAGUUAAAGUUAAGAUUGUUUAAAGUAAAUUCGUUGUCUGUGAUAUAUCGCGGUAUGCGAUGACAUCACACCCAGUUUCGCCGCGUCUUGUGGGAAAAUACCGGUUUGGAGAAACGGGAAGGAGGGGGCUCACAUGUGCAGGAUCAGUGCAAGAAAAGUUUUCUUUCUACACACUAGAAACAUCAGUGAAGCAACGCCGUAAGUUCAUGGGAUAAUCGAUGUGUUGAAUUAAAAAUGUUAAUGCUGAUUCUGUUAAAAGUAAUGACGGUUGAUAAGGUUUAUGUUUUCGUUAGUUAAAGAGUUGCGGAUAGUUUGUGUUGAAGUGUAUUUAAAGCAGUCAACGGCGUAGGUAGAUUCUGACUGUAUGUUGCACUUUAAUGUGAUGUAGUUGUUGUAGUCUUACUUUUGCAAGUAUUUACGAUGUAAAUGUGAUAUCAAGAAGGAAACAAAUACUGUAUACAUUUUGUAUUGUUUUAACAACAGUUUUCACCAUACGUUAAUGUGGAAGAGUGAACAGUAAACGGUUAAUCUUACUGCAAUCCUGUUUUCAUUGACGACGGUUUACCUCGGUGUUUAGUUCAGAGUUCUCUUACACCUGAGCAAGAACACUACAGUCAGCGAAAGCUACCAGAGAUUAUGUUCAGCUUUGAGGUGAUGUUUAUCAUUGUUGUGACUGUCAGCAAAAGCUACCAGAGGGACCCACAGCUGGUAGUGUAGAAGUCUUUAUUCGGCACACACAAACCAGCAGUGUUUGGAGUCACCCUGGAAGAGGCUCCCUAGCCCAAUAUUACAUCAGAGGGUGGUGGAUAUUGGAGGCUCCGGCUGACCAACAAUGUUGCAUUGUUCACCGAGCUUGGCAAUUCGUUUGCAGACAUUUCAUGGCCAGUCAGGGUGACAUCCUCAGCGCACAGUCUCCCUGGGAGUGCUCGUGUCUGGAUAGGCAAGCAAGUGGGGUCUGUAUAAAUGUGUGCACUCCCAGAGAGGAACACCAGCAACUGCGCACUCAGAACGUCACCUCGACUGGGGUGAAACAUCUGCAAACGAAUUGCCGAGCUCAGUGAACACCAUAACAUCAAACUACGUCACAUUUUAUAUGUUAAAGAUCAAAGGUAACAGCAGGACAAUUCUAUCGAUACAAUGCAUUCAUAAUGCCUCCUUCCAGUUACGUAGAAUUUCCAAACACCUAGUUCUUCUUACAGCAGUCCAGGCACCCAAAUCGAAUGUUAAUGUCUCCUGUCUCUGAGCUGAAUUCAUGCAUAAACAAAAAUCUCAGGUCAAUGGGGUGUUUCCUGGUUUGCAAUCAAGCCAAGUCUGCGGCUUCAGGAAGACCAUUGUUCCCAGCUGCAUUUUGGAUUCAGUCUACAGUCUGCAUUCAAAUCUGAAGACUGGUUGCUGUUGAAAUUGUUACUUGCCGUAUACCGUAACUCCAGAAUACACCCUGACACAUCGAAAUUGAUAAGUUUUGAACUUAAGUGAGCUCUGCUAUAUGAAACCUGGACUUUGCAGCUGAACAGUGGAUUGACACAUUUGGCAAUUGUUGUGUCCAGGUAUUUCAGAAUCAAAAUCACUGACAGAUGUUCUGAAACGUGUUCUGCAGCAGCAGCUCAGUACAAUACAGUGAUGGAUACAUUAUUAAUUCCAAAGGAAAUUAUAUGUCACAGUAACAUUACAAGUGCAUAGAUAUACAAAUAUUAGAAGAGAAGCAAGAAAGAAAAAAAAGUUACUUCAAACAGUUUAACAGGAGGGGGUCAUCACUUCCCCGGUUAUAGGUUAAAUCAUUAUAAAGCCUAAUGGCCGAAGGUAAGAAUGACCUCAUGUAGUGCUUUUUGGAGCAGUGCAGUAGUCUUAGUCGUUGUUAGUCUAUCUAACAAAGUACUCCUCUGUUCAGCCAAGGUGGCAAACAUAUAGAAUUGCCAGGAUUUUCCAUAGGGUCCUUUGUUGUAACAAACCUCCAGUGUGUCCAGUUUGGCUUCUAUAAUAGAGCCAGCCUUUCUAAUCAGUUUAUUGAUCCAUGUUGAUGCCAUUGCCCCAGCACACCACCACACAGAAGACUGUAAUAAGAACAUAAGAAAUAGGAGAAGGAGUAGGCAUCCGACCCAUCGAGCCUACUCCACCAUUCAAUAAGAAUGGCUGAUCUGGCCAUAAACUCAGCUCCAUCUACCUGCCUUUUCCCAUAGCCCUUAAUUCCCCUACUAUGUAAAAAUCUAUCUAACUGUAUCUUAAAAACAUUUAGUGAAGAAGCCUCAACUGGUUCCCUGGGCAGAGAAUUCCACAGAUUCACCACUCUCUGGGAAAAACAGUUUCUCCUCAUCUCCAUCCUAAAUCUUGAUAAAUUCUGAAGCUUGAGGCAAUGUCCCCUAAUUCCAGUCUGACCUACCAAUGGAAACAACUUUCCUACUUCUACCUUAUCUAUCUCUUUCAAAAUUUUUUAUGUUUCUAUAAGAUCCCUUCUCAUUCUUCUGAAUUCCAGAGAGUAUCGUCCCAGGUGACUCUCAUGGCAUCAACAACUGAUAGAACAUGUGAAGGAGGGGCCUGUAUAUUCCAAAGGACCUCAGUCUUCUCAGGAAGUAGAGGUGACUCUGGCCCUUCUCGUACACAACCUCUGUGUUGGUGUUCCAGGCUUGGUUGUCUUAAAGUCCAUCACCAUCUCCUUUGUAUUAUUGAUGUUGAGCUGCAGAUGAUUCAGCUUGCACCAUUGGACAAAGUCCUCCACCAGGACCCCGUAGUCAUCCUCCUCUCCUCCCUUUACACACCCCACUAUUGUUGAGUCAUCAGAGAAUUUCUGCAGAUGACAUGAUCUAAAGUCUAAGGUAUACAGGGUAAACAGGAAGGGAACCAACACAGUCCCCUGUGCUGCUUAUAACCACGUCUGAUACACAGCUCUGAAGCCAAAUAGACUGUGCUCUGCCAGCUGGUCAUGGGUCGAUGCUCCACCAUUAGGCCACACACUCCAUUUGCGACCUCGUUCUCAACCACGCCAAAUUCCCUCGGAAACAACAAAAUCACCAGAUCGCUCAGUUGGCCCAAAAACACAUUAUCGAAAUGUACAUUACAGGCACCAAUUGCACACAGAUUAGUCGUAGAAGUAUAUUUAAAAGAAGAAGGAGAAGAAGACGUAGUUUUGUGAACUGUCUGCAGGACAUUGCCAUUGGUUGCUGGCUCCUGAUAUCCUUCUGCUUUUUAUGCCAAAUAAUUACUUUACUGGUAUGAAACGAUAACUAACACUACGGGUGAUGCACUCCACUACAACUUGACAACAUAUCAUAUCAGUCUGUGAAUCCAGUCACCACUAUUUUGCAAGUGACUAUGAUGACCUGAAAAUAAUUAGAAAUCCACACUAAUGAGAAAGUCUGCACUUCCCAACCAGUGAAUCAGUUUAGAGACUUGCUUCAUCUAGUUGUAAGCUGCUGAGGAAGAGAAAUGCUGGUAGCUUGAUGAACAUUCCCAGUCUCAGGGUUGAGAGUGAAUACAAAACAACAAACAGUCUUCAACAAAAAGGAAACAAACCAUUUCAACCUCUGAAGUUAAAAUCUUGUGAAAGUGUCUCUGUCUCUACAUCUCAUAGGCAGCUGGGGCUCAUCAGCCAUGGCUGGCAGCUCAUCUAGGUGGAGAAAAACUUUGAUCCCAAAUCUCCGCUGCCUUGGAGCUAUAACCCCUCAUGGGAAAGGCUUCAUGAGUAAACGCUAAGGAGAAAACUGGAGCUGAAGUCCCUAAAUCAGUCCUACAUUGGGCUCAACACUAUCUGGCAACUCCUGGUGCCAAACUGUAUCGGCCUCUGCUGUUCCUUUGGACUCAAGAGCUGUGAGGAGAGGCGGAGCUUGCUACAUGGGCAACAGCUUGCUCUCCAUACCUACUGCCCAGGCGUAUACGUAGACAGCCGGGAUGCAACAUCCAUGCAACAUCCAUGGUCGACCCAGACCAAUGGCGGGCCUCGGACCUCUACCUCUGCACCCUCUCAAGCCCAUGCAUUUCAUAUUGGUGACAAAAAAUAUUUCAGGUCACCUCUAAAUCUCUUGCUCAGCAUCUUUCACAAAAAAAUAAUCUUUAGCCAUUUGUAUCUCUCCACGUGAUGACAAACAAAUAAAGUGGCACCAACUUAGAGAAGAGGUAAGAGGGUGGCCAGAGAUGGACACAGAAGAAGAGGGAAGGGGGUAGAGAAAAAUUACUGGAAGUUGGAGAAAUCAAUGUUCAAGGUUGGAGGCUACCUAGAUGGAACAUGAAGUGUUGCUCCUCCAGCCUGAGAGUAACCUCAUCAUGGCAAAAGAUCAAUGACGGAAUGGGAAUGGGGAUUGGAAUUAAAAUGCUUGGUCACUAGGAAAUACCAUUUUUACUCAUUACCACAGAC